UGUUUUAAGGGAGAAACUUCAAAAGUUUUCACUUCAAAAAUCUUAUAAUCGCUUGGUGGAAUUUUAUGAAAUUUUCGUUUCUCAAAAUCCUGAAAGGAUUUUAAAUUAACUACAAAGUGUACACAUUAUCUUUAUAUAAAAUACAAAAAUAACAAAAUGGCAUCAUUAUGUGGACGAGUUUUAAGUGGAUUAUCUAGAAAAAAUGUUACAUCAUACACUGCUAUUAGAACCUGCAAAAUGAUGAACGACCCCAUUGAACAUGCAACUGGCAUUGAAAAACGUGAACUUUUGGCAAAACAAGCUGGUAAUGAUAAUCCAUUUGAUAUGAAGGUAUUCAAAAGGGGUGCUGGUUCCAAAGACAGUCCAAAUUUAAUUCCAUCAGCUUUUGAUGCACGUUUGGUUGGAUGUAUAUGUGAAGAGGAUCAAACAUAUGUACAGUGGAUGUGGUUAUCUAAAGGAACACCAAAACGCUGUGAAUGUGGCCAUUGGUUCAAAUUAGUUGAAAAGGCACCUGUAUAAAAAAUAUUUUGUUAGUGUUUAUUAAAUUCAACAUUUGUAGAAAAUGUCAAGAGUCAUAAUUAUAAAAUAAAAACUUAAAACUUGAGAGACGAAAUAAAUUAAAUAUUGAAGCGAAAAAGUUGAAAUAAAAAUAUGUAGAUUUGUU